AUGACCUUGAACCUCUCUCAUAGAACUCAGCUCGUUGCUACUGCCGUCGCCGCCUCUCUGGCGACAGCUGGCCUUGUACAUGCUUAUAAUACCCACAUUAGACGGACACGGAGGAAGGAGCUUGACGAUGAAGUCCGGCGCUCCAUUUCCGCGCUAGAUUCUAUGCAAAUUGACCGCGAAGACGUCGAGUCUCAGGCAUUCAGAUCGCAACUGAACUUACAAUCUACAAGCCGUGCAAAUGGGAGCAGUCUGGACUACGACGAAGACCUCAUCCGAGAACAACUCGCGCGAAAUUACGCGUUCUUCGGCGAUGAAGGUAUGGCGAAAAUCCGAAAGGGCCGCGUGGUUGUCGUUGGGUGCGGAGGAGUAGGAAGCUGGGCAGCUGUGAUGCUUGUACGAUCAGGCAUCUCGAACAUCCGUUUAGUGGACUUUGACUACGUCACUUUGUCCUCGCUCAACCGACACGCUACGGCUACGCUGGUGGACGUGGGCACACCAAAAGUGAAAUGCAUCGAAAAGACACUUAAGCAGAUUGCAAAAUGGGUUGAGGUUGACUCGAGAAUUGAGAUUUGGAGAAAGGAGGAGGGAGGACGUUUGCUGGAGGAUGCUGACUGGGUUAUUGAUGCCAUUGACAAUAUCCAGACCAAGGUCGACCUGCUGAAAUACUGCUACGAUAACAAAAUAAAGGUCUUUUCUUCGAUGGGAUCCGGUGCCAAAUGCGAUCCUACCCGAAUUCAAAUCAGCGACAUCUCUCACACAGUAUAUGACCCUCUGGCACGCUCUGUUCGCCGACGUUUACGACUUCUCGGUGUUGAUUCGGGAAUCCCUGUCGUUUACUCCACCGAAGUACCGGGUGACGUCAAAUUGCUACCGCUACCAGAGGAGGAGUUCCAGAAGGGACCGGUCAAAGAACUGGGAGUGUUCGACGAUUUCCGUGUUCGCAUCCUACCUGUAUUGGGCCCUUUGCCGUCAAUUUUUGGACUAAACAUCGCCACCUAUGUUCUUUGCGAGUUGGCCGAAAAGCCCAUUGGAAACCCCUUGCCGAUCAAGAAUAGGAAGAAACUCUAUGAACGAAUGUAUCGAGAUUUGCUGAAGAGAGAAUGUAAAAUUGCUGGUCAUCAAAUCAACAAACUACCGAUUGACGAAGACGACGUGGCGCUGAUUUUUGAAGAUUUGCACAGAGGUCGCUCAGUCGUUCCUCCUUAUGAUAUCCCUUCAAGGCCAACGCUUGUUCGCUGGGAUCCUACCCGCCCGUUGAGCAUCGAGAACUGUGUCGUCUUCGAACUCAACGAUGCCGACAAGCAUGUGAAUGCGCUAUGGAAUCCUGAUGGAUCAGCGUCAACGACAACAACACCCGCUGAACUAUGGGGCCCGGAAAUCCGAGAAGUUGUAGAUCGAAGAGCGGCGGAGGCUCGAAGGGUUCGUGAUUGGGUUAUGCGAUUAAUCCACCCUCGAGGAUCCGUGUUUGGCGGGAUUUGUAUGAUCUAUAAAUUGCUACCCAAAACUAUGGCCGGACGACAGACUUAUUUUCAUACAUCUCUUGAAGAGUGGACGCGUUCAGAUGAAUACCACAAUUCGUUUUUGAUACCUAAAGACGAUAUUUUGGACGCGGUGGUGAAGAACAAUCAUGAGCAAGGGUUGCCUGAUAUCGCAGUGACCGUUGCUCAGGGCAAAUUCUUGAACCUGCUCGUCAAGACCACUGGAGCAAAAAGAGUCUUGGAGAUCGGAACGCUCGGCGGAUAUUCCACCAUUUGGAUUGGUCGUGGGGUUCCUUCAGACGGAAGUGUCACCACGCUAGAAUUGAACCCACAACAUGCCAAGGUGGCUACUGAUAACAUUAAAUUGGCAGGUCUCGCAGAUAAAAUUUCUGUGGUUGUUGGUCCGGCCGUGGAGUCUUUGGCCAAGCUGGAUGCCAAAGAGCCCUUCGACUUUGUAUUCAUUGACGCAGACAAGCCGUCAAAUCUCAUAUACUUCACUGAAGCAAAACGCCUCGUUCGGCCAGGCGGUGUCAUUAUUGUAGACAACGUGGUCCGAUAUGGUCGCGUCGCCGACCCCGAAUACUCGGACAACAACGUUGAGGGCGUGCGGCGGCUCCUCCAUGCUCUUAAAGACGAUCAGGACGUUGAAGCCACGACCAUCGGAACAGUCAGCGAGAAAGGCUACGAUGGUUUCAUAUAUGCGAUCCGCAAAUGA